UUUGGGGGGAUAUUUUACACACUCAAAACAACAACAACAAACAAGGCAUACGGGAUACGUUACGAGAGGACUAAAGGAUGGACCAAGCCGGCAUCCUGAGAAAGUUUAUCCAGGGGGUGAGGGCCAUGAGAGAGGGGGACGAGGUGAGGGGAGAGGACAACUUCGGCAGCGACUUUAUGCGGUUACGGCGGUUAUCGACUAAAUACCGGACGGAGAAGAUCUACCCCACCAACGUAGGAGAGAGGGAGGAAAAUGUCAAGAAGAACAGAUAUAAGGAUAUACUACCAUUUGAUCACAGCAGGGUGAAGCUGACGUUAAAAACGACCAAUCAAGACACAGAUUACGUCAAUGCUAACUUCAUCAAGGGUAUAGAUGGCCCAGAGGCCUACAUUGCAACUCAGGGCCCACUGCCGAACACUGUCAUCGACUUCUGGAGGAUGAACUGGGAGUACAAUGUAGCUGUUAUUGUAAUGGCUUGUCGAGAGUUUGAGAUGGGAAGGAAAAAGUGUGAGCGGUACUUCCCUCUGCACGGGGAGGAGCCCAUGAGUUUUGGCCCUUUCAGAAUCUCAUGUGAAUCAGAGCAGGCCAGAACAGACUACUAUAUCAGGACUUUGACGGCGGAGUAUGAGAAUGAAACUCGGAGGAUAACACAGUUCCAUUAUAUGAACUGGCCGGAUCACGACGUCCCCUCGUCGUUUGACUCCAUACUGGAUAUGAUCGCACUAAUGAGAGAAUACCAAGAGAAUGAUGACGUCCCUAUAUGUAUACACUGCAGUGCAGGCUGUGGGAGGACGGGUGCUAUCUGUGCUAUCGACUACACGUGGAACCUCCUCAAAGCUGGGAAAAUACCAGAAGAUUUUAAUGUUUUUCGGUUGAUCCAAGAGAUGAGGACGCAACGACACUCCGCUGUUCAGACCAAGGAACAGUACGAGUUAGUUCAUAGAGCGAUCGCUCAGCUCUUUGAGAAACAACUGCAGCUACUGGAGAGCCCCACCAACACGCAGAUACACGAUGGCAUGGAUGAGAGCAGUCCAGAUAAAGCAGGCCACCAGUCAGAUGAUGAAAGAUGGGACACACCACCUCCAAAACCUCCCCGCAUACGCAAUCCCCCCCAGGCAGAAGGUGAUGUGAAGGAGGAGAUACUCCAGCCCCCAGAGCCUCACCCUGUACCCCCUAUUCUGACCCCGUCUCCCCCUUCAGCCUUCCCCACUGUCACCAACGUACGGCAGGACAACGACCGCUACCACCCCAAACCUGUCAUACACGUCCUGGCUACCACACAGGCGCAGAAUAAAGAAGUGGACAAGCAGCAGAACCAGUCUGAACCAAGUCCAAACAAGCAGACGAGUCCCUCAGAGCAGAAAGACCAAGAUCUACUAAGUCGAAAGCAGCAGACUCAGGUCUCAAAUCUAGAUCUCAAUGACAACUAUAACAACAAAUUGUCUUCAACUUCGACAAAAUCAGAAUCGGGCCAAAGCCAGACUCCCUCGUCGCCCCUCUCCCCAGCUGUUGAAUGUUCCGGUGCUCCUCGGAUCGAGAGGAAGCUGAGCAUUGAGAUUAAAAAGGUGCCGUUGCAGGAAGGACCUCGCAGUUUUGACACUUCCUCCUCCGUUGGGGUAGCGGGCGGAAUAGGCAGCAGUCCGACCAAUAGCGCGGGCAUGCUGCAAAGAAGCCACGCCUUCAAAACCCGCACUGGCCCAUCCCUGCUGACCUCUAGCUCCUCGCUGUCCGAGGACUCGGGCACGGAGGGAGGAGGAGGAGCCGGAUGCGGGGAGAGUCACACGGACGGAGGCGUCCUGGCCAGACCGAACCACCUCCCUGUGAAGAGUGAGAAGGGGGAGACACCGGGAGGGGAGAGGAUGGAGGCGAAGGCUGGCCAUGCAGCAUGGGCUCAACCGUGCAACAGCCCAGAAAAACAGUUCCCCAAAACCUCCUCCUCCUCUUCUUCCUCCGACCGCGUCGCCCCAUCCUCGUCCUCCUCCUCCCACCUCUCCUCCUCUACUUCCUCCUCCUCCUCCACUCCUGUUAGGACUGCCCUGAGUUUCACCAACCCCCUGCACUCCGACAACUCGGACGAGGAGGGGGACGGAGAGAUGUCCGGAGGAAAGGAGGGUUAUCGUCCCAAUGCAUCCACGGCGAUGACCAUGGUGGCCGCGUCGCUUCAUGGCGACCAGCAGCCGGUCCGGAAGGUGAUGCCCAUGUCGAUCGCAGGGCAGAGCUCUCCGUCGCCCUCUGCAACCACAGCAAACUGCUGGGACAGCGAUGACUCCCCUCCCCCCCUCCCUGCGAGAACCCCUGAGUCCUUCAUACUGGCCACAGACCCUCUGGAAGUGAAAACAUCAGCCGCAGCUGAAUGGAGCGACUCACAUAAAGAUGUGUCAGAGUGUGUUAAGAAGACAUCUCCAGCUGACCCUGCAUCUGCUGGCACCACAGCAACAGACAGCAAGGCAGACCUGGGUGGGGUUCGGUAACCGCUGCAUUCAGCCCAAAGGCCCCCGGGAACCCCCCCUGCAGUGGACAUGAUGGAACCAUCCAUCUGCCCGUCCACCGACGGUGUUGUAAGGAGAUGGACUCUACCGAUCUCACCUGGCUGGUCCAAAAACCAAGUUGAUAGAUGCCACACAGACAGACAGCACAAUUUUACAUAGAAACACCUUCUGUGUAACUCUGUGCCCAAAAACUUCUCCAGGCUGAGCUCCUCCUCCUCCUCCUCUUCCUCCUCCUCAGCCCUUCCUUCAAAGUGCCACUGUGCAAAGCAGAAGAACACUUACCGGUCAAGUGGCUUGUCCAUUUUAGAACAAAGCCCACAUUUUCCUGCUCCGCUUGCUGAUGUUAGAGGUUUUGACUUUUCUAGACGCUGACCUGGGAUCAGUCCGGUUGUUUUCCUGUUGAUGGUUAAAGUAUAAUUCCUGUAUUUUUUUUUGCCCCUUGUUUUUUGGUGACUUGAGAAGUAGAUUAAGAUUGUUUUUCUCUCCGAGCUGUAGACAUAUCAUUAAAAAUGUGUCCAUUCUGAGGCUAAAUGACGGGGGAUGUAGGUGUAAAUGUUAAAUAAAAAGUGUUAACUUAACAGGAAGAACAUUUUCUUUCGUACCAAAUGAGAAAAAGUAUGUUUUUUCCGUCAUAAAUCAGGAAUUAUCUUUAAUCAGAAAAGCUACUGUGGGAAGCUGAUUCCUGAGGUUUAACUGAACUCCCAGAAGGUGUCUCCUUCCUCCUACUGAACGAACAACAAUCUUCAAAGCUAGAUAAUCUGUUACCCAUGAUGCAACCUUUUCAGUUGGGUAUGUACAGGUUGCCAGGGUGCUCUCUCUCUCUGUUUCUCUGUCUCUCUCUCUUUCUCCCUCUUUCUGUGUGCUGGUGCUACAUUACACAGGAUCAGCGUAGAAACAAAAGCACACGAGCUGACUGUUACCAACUUUUCUCAACUACGUCAUGGAUUCCUGUAGGAUCUAUCCCUGGGUUAGCUGCAGUAACGUCAGCUCUGGUACUUUAUAUUUCUGUGCUACCCUCCCUGUUUACCAGAGUCAUAGACUGACAUAGUUUGGUCAUUGCAGUGGUCAGUGAGAGUCUGUGGCUGUUUAAGAUGUUGUUUGACAUUUUGGGAAACAAGCUUACUCACUUUCCUGCCCAGAGUUAGAUGAGAAGUUUCAUUCCACGCUCAUGUCUGUAUGGUGUAUAUAUAGAGAGCUGAAGCUGCUUUGCUUAGCUUAGCUUAGCAUAAAGACUGGAGGCAGCUAGCCUGGCUCUAUCUGAAGAUAGCUACCAGCACUUCUAAAGCUCAUUAAUUGACAUGUUGUAUCUCAUUUGUUUAAUCUGCACAAAAACUGAGAGGUAAAAAAAAAUUCUUGGCGGGGUGCAGUGACUUCAAGAAAUAGUUUGGCACACAUCCCCCAGUAAAUUGUUGUUUUUACGUUUCGUUUUCUGUGCUGGUCAAACGAAUAAGAUGUAAAGUGUGAAAUGUGAAAUGUAGGGGUGUGGGUAGUUGGACUUUAUCACCUUUGAACAGAGCCAGGCUGUUUCCCCCUGUUUCCAGUCUUUCUGCUAAGCUAAGCUAAAUUAAGCAAAUAUCUGCGUUGAUUGCUCCCUAAGGGCACACACUAAGACCUUUUUUUAAAGCAAAUAUAUCUCAACUUGUCACAGGUUGCAUGCGUCUGUGAUGCCAAAGAGUGACUAUUCCUCUAUUAGUAUUUCACAAGAAAUUAGCAUUAAUAGUGUCAGACACGUGUAUCGUACAACAUUUAAAGCUAAAUUCCCGACUGUGCCCAGGAAUUCUGCUAUCUCCAGUCAAAGUGGAGUUAAAAUGACCUUAAAACUCAUCCGUAAUGACCAAACUCAUCACCUCUGUGACUCUGACUCUCACUGCUGGGACCAAGAGCCUGCCUUAGUCUGCCUCUCAGAGAAGACAGCCAAUGACAGUCCUCCUCAACUUGGCUCCUUCUCUUCACUUCAUUACUCUUUCUGUGUAUUUGGCUUCUCUUGGUCUUUACUUGGGACUCAAAAUUGCUGUUUAUUUCAUUUUUUCUCACUCUCUCUCUUGUUGUACCUUUUGCUUAUCUGUUCCCAUCCUCCUCCUCCCUCUGGCCCUCAGAUGAACGACCACGCAAGUCAAUUCUUUGUAUUAUAGCAGCCAGUUUACUCACAGUGAACCUCAGUGUUUUCGGGAGCGGGGAUGUUACACUUCCUGCAACUCUUAUGGGGCUUGACAGAUUCAUAUAAAGUCCGGUUUCCCCCCAAAAAAACAACCCCUUCUCUACAAACAGGACUUGUACGGUUUCUCAUCUGACGGCCAAGUUUAAAGACUCAUACUGUACCUGCUUCUGUAUGUGUGAGACAAAGAUCCAAUAAGACAACAGCAGCUAGGGACCCAGGACUACUGUUUUCUCCUGAUUUUUAUUGUUCUCUGCUAACUUCUCCUUCAUUAGCUACCAUAACUAUACAGUAUAUGCAUUGUUUUAUAAAGAUAAAGAACUGUACAGGGCAGUUUAGGUAUAUAAUAUUUCAGAUUUGUUUUUGUUUUUGUUAUCUCUUAAAUAUUCUUAUUAACAGAAGAUGUAAGAAAGUCAGUGCAUGAUGAUGAUGAUGACGAUGAUUCCUCCCCUACACGAUGUUUCCCUUCAAUCUGUAAAUUAUUCUGCUGCCCUUUUUGUUUUUGCUUCCGGCAAAUAUUUCAGGGUUUGUUUUUAUUUUUAUGUUCUAAUUAUAUUCUUUAAAAAGA